ACAUCAAAUUAUUCAUGGAUAUUCACGAUAUAUGUUUCCUAUGGUGACUGGGUUCAUGAAUUAUGGUCAACAGACAGUACGAGCUGCAAGAUACAUUGGUCAAAGUUUCAUGAUUACCUUAUCUCACGCAAAUCGUUUACCUGUAACUAUUCAAUAUCCUUAUGAAAAAUCGAUCACAUCAGAGCGUUUCCGUGGGCGAAUCCACUUUGAAUUUGAUAAAUGCAUUGCUUGUGAAGUAUGUGUUCGCGUAUGUCCGAUAGAUCUACCUGUUGUUGAUUGGCGAUUAGAAACAGAUAUUAGAAAGAAACGAUUGCUUAAUUAUAGUAUUGAUUUCGGAAUCUGUAUAUUUUGUGGUAAUUGCGUGGAGUAUUGCCCCACAAACUGUUUAUCAAUGACUGAAGAAUAUGAACUUUCCACCUACGAUCGUCACGAAUUAAAUUAUAAUCAAAUUGCUUUGGGUCGGUUACCAAUGUCUGUAAUUGGAGAUUACACAGUUCGAACAAUUAUGAACUCAACUCCAAUAAAAAUAUCUAUGGAGAAACCCCUUGAUUCAAGAACGAUUACCAAUUAAAUUAAAAAUAAGACUAAGUUUUGAUCAAAAGUAGGUAAGUUUCUUUCAUGUCAGACAAAGAAUAACUAGAUUUGUGAGGAUUAUAACUACUUUUUGAAUAUAUAAAUAUAUAUAGCCAUUAUAGCCAUAGCCCUUAUUUGUUUAAUUAAAAAUAUGAAAUUACGAACUCUGUUUCGACUAAAGACAAAAGCAAGAUUGGCCCGUUCAAUUGAUUAACUCAAUCUACAUAAACCCACACCACGCUGGGGUAAGAACUAUUAGAUAUAAAAAAGGGUAACCCACUUUUUCCCGACCAGUAAGAUCAUGAGAUAUUUUGACUUAUUUAUCGCUUAUUUAACACAUAAUGGAUUUACCUGCGCCAAUACAUGAUAUUCUUUUAGUAUCUCUGGGAUCAGGUCUUAUAGUAGGAGGUCUAGGAGUGGUAUUACUUACCAAUCCAAUUUAUUCUGCCUUUUCCUUGGGAUUGGUUCUUGUUUGUAUAUCUUUAUUUUAUAUUCCAUCGAACUCUUAUUUUGUAGCUGCUGCGCAGCUACUUAUUUACGUGGGAGCCAUAAAUGUCUUAAUCUUAUUUGCUGUGAUGUUUAUGAAUGGUUCAGAAUAUUACAAUUCUUUUCAUUUUUGGACUGUCGGAGAUGGAUUCACUUCGCUAGUUUGUACAAGUAUUUUUUUUUCACUAAUUGCUACUAUCCCAAACACGUCAUGGUACGGGAUUAUUUGGACUACAAGAUCAAACCAGAUCAUAGAACAGGACCUGACAAGUAAUGUUCAACAGAUUGGGAUUCAUUUAUCAACAGAUUUUUAUCUUCCAUUUGAACUGAUUUCUAUAAUCCUUUUAGUUUCCUUAGUGGGCGCAAUUGCUAUGGCUCGCCGGGAAUAGAUACUUAGAAUUGGAAAUAACAAACCAACCAAAUAAAAUAAAGCAACCUCCGUGUAAUUGUUAUCGCAUCUAUCUGUCCACCCUAAAUUGGAAUAUUGUUCAUGAGACAUAUUUCAAAGUUUUUGUUAGUUCGACGACCCAUUUCAGUGUCUUUUUUGGUACUGUAUUUCUUAUAUAUAUUAUAUGGAUUGAUAAUUGAAUUAGAUUCAGUAGAAUCUUCUCAUUUAAUUAAUCGAAUCAGUUGAAUUGUUGUUUAUAUUGAAAUGAAUCGAGAUUGACGAGGAGUUGGUCAAUGAUGCUCGAGCAUGUACUUGUUUUGAGUGCCUAUUUAUUUUCUAUUGGUAUCUAUGGAUUGAUCACAAGUCGAAACAUGGUUAGAGCACUUAUGUGUCUUGAACUUAUACUGAAUGCUGUUAAUAUGAAUCUCAUAACAUUUUCUGAUUUAUUUGAUAGUCGCCAAUUAAAGGGAGACGUUUUCUCGAUCUUUGUUAUCGCUAUUGCAGCCGCCGAAGCAGCUAUUGGACCAGCUAUUGUUUCUUCGAUCUAUCGUAACAGAAAAUCAACUCGUAUCAAUCAAUCAAAUUUAUUGAAUAAAUAAAAAUAGUCGGUAGUCGGAACCUUUACUCAAAUAAAAUAUAUAAAGACAUAUACGUUAUGUCACUCUGUAGAAGUAAAUAGACACUCGACUCACGUUAUGGAUCAAUGGAUCAUAAGCAUGGAUUAGGAAUAAGAGUACAAUAAAUUUUAUACGUUUUCUUUCUUUAUUAUAUAUAACUAUAAUUCAUUUAUAGAUUAGCAAAACGUGUAUUGACUGAUAUGACCAUGUUUGAUGAAAGAUAAGAGAUCAAAGUAUCUUGGGCCUAUCUCAUGAACAGAUCAGAAAUAGAUUUCUAACAAAACUUUAUGGUCUAAUCACCGAUUCGUCUGGUGCCAAAAUAUUUAAUCAUUUACUAAAGCUACCAGACCGAAAAUUUAUGACGUUCCAAAAAAAAUUAAUAGAUCUAAUGUCACACUCAGUAAAGAUUUAUGAUACAUGUAUAGGGUGUACCCAAUGCGUACGAGCGUGUCCUACAGAUGUCCUGGAAAUGAUACCCUGGGACGGAUGUAAAGCUAAGCAAAUUGCUUCCGCACCAAGAACGGAGGACUGUGUAGGUUGUAAGAGAUGUGAAUCUGCUUGUCCAACGGAUUUCUUAAGUAUACGGGUUUAUUUAUGGCAUGAGACAACCCGUAGCAUGGGUCUAGCUUAUUAAUACGUUACAAAAAACUCCCCUUGAAUCCAUUUGAUUCCUCUUUACCGACAAAAACCCGUACUCGAUAAAUAAAAAAAUCCGAGCGCGGGUUUUUCUGGUCAAAUCAAAGUGUAUUUUGUCUUUACUAUGAGUGAUUUUUAUUGGUUAACAAUCAUUGUUGUUUUGCCCAUAUCCGCGGGUUCCUUAAUUGCUCUUUUCCCUCAUAGAGGAAAUAAGGUAGUUCGAUGGUAUACUAUCUGUAUCUGCUUAUUUGAACUCCUUCUAACGACCUACGUAUUCUGUUAUCAUUUUAAAUUGGACGAUCCAUUAAUCCAAUUGGAAGAAGACUUUAACUGGAUAAAUAUUUUUGAUUUUCACUGGAGACUCGGAAUCGACGGACUUUCUAUAGGACCCAUUUUAUUGACAGGAUUUAUCACUACUUUAGCUACUUCAGCGGCUUGGCCAGUUACCCGAAAUUCGCGAUUGUUCCAUUUCCUGAUGUUAGCAAUGUACAGUGGUCAAAUAGGAUCAUUUUCUUCUCGAGACCUCUUACUUUUUUUCAUCAUGUGGGAAUUAGAAUUAAUUCCUGUUUACCUACUUUUAUCCAUGUGGGGAGGAAAGAAACGUCUGUACUCAGCUACAAAGUUCAUUUUGUACACUGCAGGAGGUUCCAUUUUUCUCUUAAUGGGAGUUCUAGGUAUGGGUUUAUAUGGUUCCAAUGAACCAACAUUAAAUUUUGAAACAUUAGCUAAUCAAUCGUAUCCCGUGGCAUUGGAAAUAAUAUUUUAUUUGGGUUUCCUUAUUGCUUAUGCUGUCAAAUCACCGAUCAUACCUUUACAUACAUGGUUGCCAGAUACCCAUGGAGAGGCGCAUUACAGUACAUGUAUGCUUCUAGCUGGAAUCUUAUUAAAAAUGGGAGCAUACGGGUUGGUUCGGGUCAAUAUGGAAUUAUUACCCCACGCCCAUUCCAUAUUUUCUCCUUGGUUGAUGAUAGUAGGGACUAUUCAAAUAAUCUAUGCAGCUUUAACUUCUCUUGGUCAACGCAAUUUAAAAAAGAGAAUAGCCUAUUCUUCCGUAUCUCAUAUGGGUUUCAUAAUAAUAGGAAUUAGUUCUAUAACCGAUGCGGGACUCAAUGGAGCUAUUUUACAAAUCAUCUCUCAUGGAUUUAUUGGUGCUGCACUUUUUUUCCUGGCAGGAACAAGUUAUGAUAGAAUACGUCUUCGUUAUCUUAACGAAAUGGGGGGAAUAGCUAUACUAAUGCCAAGAAUCUUUACGAUGUUCAGUAGCUUCUCAAUGGCUUCUCUCGCAUUACCAGGAAUGAGUGGUUUUGUUGCAGAAUUUGUGAUAUUUUUGGGAAUAAUUACUAGCCCAAAAUACCUUGUAAUGUCAAAAAUACUAAUUACUUUUGUAAUGGCAAUUGGAAUGAUAUUAACUCCUAUUUAUUCAUUAUCUAUGUCACGCCAGAUGUUCUAUGGAUACAGGUUAUUCAAUGUUCCCAAGUCUCACUUUGUGGAUUCUGGACCACGAGAAAUCUUUAUUUUGAUGUGUAUCCUUUUACCUAUAAUAGGUAUUGGUAUUUAUCCAGAUUUCGUUCUUUCACUAUCAGUUGACAAGGUAGAAACUAUUCUAUCUAAUUACUUUCAUGGGUAGCUUUCAUGGAUGGAUUUUUUUAUGGUUAUGGGCAGCACAGAAGAUCCAAUCCAAUAAUCCUGCACUGCUGUUUACAAACAAAUCAAUCGUUGGCUAGACCAAUCAAAAGGAAAAGAAGAUUUUUCCUUCUAUCAAGUCAAAAAUGCAAUUAAAUGAAGGAAAUUGUAAUCAGAAAUAUCUGUAGUUUUUAUUAUUUAACUACAGAUAUUUCUGAUUACAUAUAUAUC